AGGAGGAGAAGCGGCGGCGGCGGCGCGGUUUUCUCCGGCCGGAUUUCCCCUCCUGGAGCAUCGCUGUCCGCGCCCGCAGCCCCGCCGGGCAGGGGCCCCGGGGAAGAUGGAGCCGGGGGGCCGGGCCCGCAUUGGCCCCCCGCAGCCGGCGGCCCCGGGGCUGUGGAGGGCUCGGCCGGCGGGCGGCGGCGGCGGCGGCGGCGGUGGUGGUGGUGGCGCCUCCUCCUGGCUGCUGGACGGGAACAGCUGGCUGCUGUGCUAUGGCUUCCUCUACCUGGCCCUCUACGCGCAGGUGUCCCAGUCCAAGCCGUGCGAGAGGACCGGCUCCUGCUUCUCGGGCCGCUGUGUCAACUCCACCUGCCUCUGCGACCCGGGCUGGGUGGGGGACCAGUGCCAGCACUGCCAGGGCAGGUUCAAGUUAACCGAACCUUCUGGAUAUUUAACAGAUGGUCCAAUUAACUAUAAAUAUAAAACUAAAUGUACAUGGCUAAUUGAAGGCUAUCCAAAUGCAGUGUUAAGAUUAAGAUUCAAUCAUUUUGCAACAGAAUGUAGCUGGGAUCAUAUGUAUGUUUACGAUGGAGAUUCAAUAUAUGCACCUUUGAUAGCUGUUCUUAGUGGUUUGAUAGUCCCUGAAAUCAGGGGAAAUGAAACUGUGCCUGAAGUCGUUACAACAUCUGGCUAUGCACUGUUACAUUUUUUUAGUGAUGCUGCAUAUAAUCUAACUGGUUUCAACAUUUUUUAUUCAAUCAAUUCUUGUCCUAACAAUUGCUCUGGUCACGGGAAGUGUACCACUAGUGUCUCUGUUCCGAGUCAAGUGUACUGUGAAUGUGACAAAUACUGGAAGGGUGAAGCCUGUGACAUUCCUUACUGUAAAGCCAACUGCGGCAGUCCGGAUCAUGGUUACUGUGACCUAACAGGAGAAAAGCUGUGUGUCUGCAAUGAUAGCUGGCAAGGUCCUGAUUGUUCUUUGAAUGUUCCUUCUACUGAAUCUUACUGGAUUCUACCAAAUGUUAAACCCUUCAGUCCUUCUGUAGGUCGGGCUUCCCAUAAAGCAGUUUUAUAUGGGAAAUUUAUGUGGGUGAUUGGUGGAUAUACUUUUAACUACAGUUCUUUUCAAAUGGUCCUGAAUUACAAUUUAGAAAGUAGUAUAUGGAAUGUAGGAAGUCUGUCAAGGGGUCCUCUCCAGAGAUAUGGACACUCUCUUGCUUUACAUCAGGAAAACAUCUUUAUGUAUGGAGGCAGAAUUGAAACAAAUGAUGGCAAUGUCACAGAUGAAUUAUGGGUUUUUAACAUACAUAGUCAGUCAUGGAGUACAAAAACCCCUACUGUUCUUGGACAUGGUCAGCAGUACGCUGUGGAGGGACAUUCAGCUCACAUUAUGGAGCUGGAUAGUAGAGAUGUUGUCAUGAUCGUAAUAUUUGGAUAUUCUGCAAUAUAUGGUUAUACAAGCAGCAUACAGGAAUACCAUAUCUCAUCAAACACGUGGCUUGUCCCAGAAACUAAAGGAGCUAUUGUUCAAGGUGGAUAUGGCCAUACCAGUGUGUAUGAUGAAAUAACAAAAUCCAUUUAUGUUCACGGAGGCUAUAAAGCAUUACCAGGCAAUAAAUAUGGAUUGGUGGAUGAUCUUUAUAAGUAUGAAGUUAACACUAAGACUUGGACUAUUUUGAAAGAAAGUGGGUUUGCCAGAUAUCUUCAUUCAGCUGUUCUUAUCAAUGGAGCUAUGCUUAUUUUUGGAGGAAAUACCCAUAAUGACACUUCCUUGAGUAACGGUGCAAAAUGUUUUUCUGCCGAUUUCCUGGCAUAUGACAUAGCUUGUGAUGAAUGGAAAAUAUUACCGAAACCAAAUCUUCAUAGAGAUGUCAACAGAUUUGGACACUCUGCAGUUGUCAUUAAUGGGUCCAUGUAUAUAUUUGGAGGAUUUUCUAGUGUACUCCUUAAUGAUAUCCUUGUUUACAAGCCUCCAAACUGCAAGGCUUUCAGAGAUGAAGAACUUUGUAAGAAUGCUGGUCCAGGAAUAAAAUGUAUUUGGAAUAAAAAUCACUGUGAAUCUUGGGAAUCUGGGAAUACUAAUAAUAUCCUUAGAGCAAAAUGCCCUCCUAAAACAGCUGCUCCUGAUGACAGAUGUUACAGAUACGCGGAUUGUGCCAGCUGCACUGCCAAUACAAACGGGUGCCAGUGGUGUGACGAGAAGAAGUGUAUUUCAGCAAACAGUAACUGCAGUGUGUCCGUGAAAAACUAUACCAAAUGUCAUGUGAGAAAUGAGCAGAUUUGUAACAAACUUACCAGCUGUAAAAGCUGUUCGCUCAACUUGAAUUGCCAGUGGGAUCAGCGACAGCAAGAAUGCCAGGCUUUACCAGCUCAUCUUUGUGGAGAAGGAUGGAAUCAUAUUGGUGAUGCUUGUCUUAGAAUCAAUUCCAGUAGAGAAAGCUAUGACAAUGCAAAACUUUAUUGCUAUAAUCUUAGUGGAAAUCUUGCUUCAUUAACAACCUCAAAAGAAGUAGAAUUUGUUCUGGAUGAAAUACAGAAGUAUACACAACAGAAAGUAUCACCUUGGGUAGGCUUGCGCAAGAUCAAUAUAUCCUACUGGGGAUGGGAAGACAUGUCUCCUUUUACAAAUACAACAUUACAGUGGCUUCCUGGUGAACCAAAUGAUUCUGGGUUCUGUGCCUAUCUAGAAAAGGCUGCAGUGGCAGGCCUAAAAGCUAAUCCUUGUACAUCUAUGGCAGAUGGCCUUGUUUGUGAAAAGCCUGUUGUUAGUCCAAAUCAAAAUGCAAGGCCAUGCAAAAAGCCGUGUUCUCUAAGGACGUCCUGCUCCAACUGUACAAGCAAUGGCAUGGAGUGUAUGUGGUGCAGUAGCACGAGACGAUGUGUUGACUCCAAUGCUUAUAUCAUUUCUUUCCCAUACGGGCAGUGUCUGGAGUGGCAAACUGCCACCUGCUCUCCUCAAAAUUGUUCUGGAUUGAGAACCUGUGGGCAUUGUUUGGAGCAGCCUGGAUGUGGCUGGUGCAAUGAUCCUAGUAACACAGGAAGAGGACACUGCAUUGAAGGAUCUUCGCGAGGACCAAUGAAGCUUGUUGGAAUGCACAGUAGUGAGAUGGUUCUUGAUUCCAGUCUUUGUCCUAAAGAAAAGAACUAUGAGUGGUCCUUUAUCCAAUGUCCAGCUUGCCAGUGUAAUGGACAUAGCACUUGCGUCAAUAAUAACGUGUGUGAACAGUGUAAAAAUCUCACCACAGGAAACCAGUGUCAAGACUGCAUGCCAGGUUAUUAUGGAGAUCCGACUAACGGAGGACAGUGCACAGCUUGUACAUGCAGUGGCCAUGCCAACAUUUGUCAUAUGCACACAGGAAAAUGUUUCUGCACAACUAAAGGAAUAAAAGGUGAUCAGUGUCAAUUGUGUGAUUCUGAAAAUCGCUAUGUUGGUAAUCCACUUAGAGGCACAUGUUAUUACAGCCUUUUGAUUGACUAUCAGUUUACCUUCAGCUUAUUACAGGAAGAUGAUCGCCACCACACUGCCAUAAACUUCAUAGCGAACCCAGAACAGUCAAACAAAAAUUUGGAUAUUUCGAUUAAUGCAUCAAACAACUUUAAUCUCAACAUUACAUGGUCAGUUGGUUCAACAGCUGGAACGAUAUCUGGGGAGGAGACUCCUAUAGUGUCCAAGACUAAUAUAAAGGAAUACAGAGAUAGUUUUUCCUAUGAAAAAUUUAACUUCAGAAGCAAUCCUAACAUUACAUUCUAUGUGUAUGUCAGCAACUUUUCCUGGCCUAUUAAAAUACAGAUUGCAUUCUCACAACACAACACAAUCAUGGAUCUUGUGCAGUUUUUUGUCACCUUCUUCAGUUGUUUUUUAUCCUUAUUGCUGGUGGCUGCAGUGGUAUGGAAGAUCAAACAAACAUGUUGGGCUUCUCGACGGAGAGAGCAACUGCUUCGAGAACGACAGCAGAUGGCCAGCCGUCCCUUUGCGUCUGUUGAUGUAGCACUGGAAGUAGGAGCUGAACAAACGGAGUAUCUGCGAGGGCCAGUGGAGGGGGCACCUAAACCGAUAGCCAUUGAACCGUGUGCUGGGAACAGAGCUGCUGUUCUGACUGUGUUUCUUUGCCUGCCGCGAGGAUCAUCAGGUGCCCCUCCUCCUGGGCAGUCAGGCCUCGCAAUUGCCAGUGCCCUAAUAGAUAUUUCACAACAGAAGCCUUCCGACAGUAAAGACAAGACUUCAGGAGUCCGAAAUCGAAAACACCACCUCUCAACACGUCAAGGAACUUGUGUCUGAGAAACAGAAACUACUCCUGGAUAUUCCGACAUGUUUGAUUUUGUAAAUGACUUCCAUUCAGGCUGGUCUAUGGCCUCAGUUUUUAUGGAGGCAAACCUGUGUAUGGUUCCAGAGCUCAAGUACACUUCCCUCCAAAUGGGCGAUGACUCAAGUGGCCAGAGAAUGUCCGUGACUUUUAUGAAAGUAACAGUACUGAGGGGCGACAAAGUCAGUUUUUACGACUCUCCUACGCUUAUCAUAGAUAACAUUUAAAUACUCCAGAAAAAGAUGUAUAUUGUUUCUUAAUGCAGAUGGAAAAUAUGUGAUUCCUAUAAACCAAACUGUUUAUAUCCUAGGACUUUAAAGAAAGACAUUUUAUAAUGCCUGAGUGAUGAGAAUUGUACAAUUUUUGCCUCAUAAGCAAACUUAAAUCACUUCUAUAUGAACAGGAAAUGAACAAAUCGCAAUGGCUUUAAAUGCUGUUUUAUCUCACUGUAAAUGUAAAAGCAAGAUUUUGAUUUAGCAGGAUGUAGGUAAUGUAUUUAAAUAUUCCACAUGACCAGAUCAUAUCCGCACCCAGUUUGAGAAUGGGACAGUUUCCCACCUAACUGGAACACAGACCAAAAUGAGACCAUUUGGAUGGAUGGUAAAUGCAACUUCACAGGAGGUUUUAUUAGAAUUCCAAGUGAAAAGGACAUUCCUGUCAUCCACGCCAACUGCCUCACUCAUUAUCAGAGCUGAUAGAGCAUGGAAAAGCCUGUCCAGCAAUCAAUUUUUUCCCUCCUGCCAAAAACCCUGUAAUACCAAACCUGAAGAGAGCUGAAAUAGUUAUUUUACAGUGUGCAAGCUUCAGCUCUAGUAUGGUAAUUUUUUUUAAUUGCUUAGGAGUCAUUGGAUCAGACCUAAAUGAUUCAUCUGCAUUUUUGUAAGAAUGGAUCAGCUUUGGUUGGCCUUCCUCUCCUAGCUGCUCGAUUUUAUCUACCUUUUACAAAUAUUAUGGAAGUAUUUUAGAGGUGACCCCUCCAAAGUUUUCACAUGAUCCAGGGUCCUUCUUGCCAACUAUUCACUUAGACUACAAGUAGGGACAAGCAUUUGUUGGCAAGCAUCUACAGUAUUCUUGUUUCUAACAUAAACACAUUGGUGUCAUGAGAGCAAGUUUCUAGUUUAAAAAAUAAGUUCAUCAAUGCCCACAUUUAGCAUAUUCUUCAUGAUUCAAAUAUGUGAGUUAUGGCAGAAAGCAAAAAUGGUAUAGAACAGCCUUCACACUGGAACAUAGAUUUAUUUGUGUCCUAAUUUUGACUAUAGUUCACUAGAACUCAGUAGCAUUAACCAGACCUUGUUUGGAAUUAACAGUUUCUUAACUGUAGUCAGGGUGACUACAGGAUAUGUGUAGAAAGCAGUGACAGAGAGACCCAAAGCUGCUUUAUACAACAUAGUUUUGUUCAAUAUGAAAGCCAUUUACACAUAAUUGAUGUUUAGUACUAUAUAUGUACUUUUCAUGUUCUUUGGAUUUCUGGAAGGUAAUGACACUUUACUGUUUACAGCUAAUGCAUAGUUACUUGCAUGCUGUGGUUGUACAGUAGCAGAAUAUGACCCUAUUGUGAUAUUCAAUGUUUAUUUCAUAAUACCAUUAUACAUAGUCAGCUUAAUUUGAUGAGGAUCGAAUGUAAUAUAUAACAGGAAUGACCAUACAAUAGGUAGUUGCAUCGUAUAUAAGAUUGCUAGGUUGCAUCUAACCAUGCCUAUCACUGUUUUGAUAAUUAGACAUUUAUGAAUUAUAGUAUAUAUUCUUUAUGUUGGCAUGAUAAUUUUGCUAUUUUCUAUGCGUUAAAAAUAAGACUAAUUCUUAGAGUAAUUUUAUCUAUAGCCUGUGGGUUUUUUUGGGAGAGGGGGUGGCAGUGAAGCUGGUUGUUUUUGCCUCCCUGUGAUAUUUUAUCUCUCAAAAAAAAAAAAAAAGGCAAGGAAAGUUUGUAAACGUCUCCUAGAAAAACGAUCAAGUAAUUUUAUUAGCUUCUUUUUGGACCCUUUAAAUGUUGCUUUUUCUCCUGGAAAAAUAAAUUGACAAAACUGGUGACUACAAAAAUAUAAUCAUUUAAAAAUAAAAUGCCCGAUUUGUUUAAUUCUCUAACAGUUGUAUGAGAGAAAGCUUAUGUAACAAAACACAAAAACAUAUAUAAAAUCUAUUUCAGCUGUCCAUUUAGAGAGGCCAAGCAAACAGUGUUACAAAGAAAGAAUUGCCAAGCUAUAUCCACCUCCAAUCCCACUGGGUUCCUAAAACUUGAAAAUUUGAAUUUUAGAGAGUUACAGGACAUAAUGCAAUGUGAAGUUAAAGUCAUACUAUAUCUUUCUGGGCCAAAUAUUGCUACCUCCGUGACUACUUUUACAAUAUGUUCUCAACGUAUCAAAGCUUUUCACUGGCAGCAAAAUUCUUCACCCUCAGGUAAAGUGGAUUGAAAAGACCUUAGGGAUUAUCACUUUGUAUUUGUGUCACAAUUUUUUUGUCCCCACAUCCCAAACACUUUACAUUUAGAUGCUACCUUUUUUUUUUUAACUUUUUAAAAUCAAUUCACAAGUAUAUGCAGAUACUCUUCUAGAAGUUUAUACUUAAAUAACUGAUUCUCUUCAAAACUUUAUCUUAAUGGAAUUUGGUACCUUUCCAUUUAGAAUAACUUUGAAGGGUCCUUUAGAUUUUAGGAUUUCUUAUUCUUCCAAGUAGGAAAAAGGUUUUGUUAAAUAGAACAGCAUUUUUAAAAUUGACCUGGGGACGAUAUUUGGACAACCAGAGAAUUCUUGUUUAAAGGGAUGCAUGUGCUUACAGAUUGAUGUAAUAAAUUUUAAGAGGAUUGGGUUUUCCUAAUUGCUUUUAAAUGGAAAUUUGUUUUAGUAAUACACGGAGAAGGAAAGAGUAUGCCACAUACUAUUGUGUUAUGUUCAGUAGGAAGACUUCAAAUAGGACAUAUUUCAGUGGGGAAUCAAAACUUGCUGUGCUUCCCAAUAUCUCAUUGGGGGGAGGGGGUGGGGAGGGAAGUUCUGUCACAUAGAAGUGACUGUACAGCUGGAGUCCUGUUGCAGUCAUUUAGAGUAUAGACUGGCAGACGGGCCCAAGAACAGAUGCUGGCAUCAGCUUUGAGCUGUGUCGUGCUGGGCAAGGUUUGCUCUUCGGAAGCCUCAGACAUUCCAUCUGUGAGGGAAGGUGGUGCCCACCUUGCGGACCCACCGUGAGCCGAGAAGGUAAUAGGCAUCAAACUCCCACAGCAGGCCCUCCACGCUGAGUAGCUGGGAUGGACCAUCACGGGGCCACCAGGCCACUGGUUUUCAACCGUUUUAUGAAUCCAUCUAUUAAUUUUUCAUCCAUCUUUUUACCAUAACUAAAAGUCAAGUAGGGUUUUGCAGGUGAAAGUUGCAUAAAAAUCUUGAGCAAGUUCCUAUAUUUCGAGGAUAUAGAGAUUUCCAAAAAAAGCUACUUUGAUAUUUGAAUCAUUAGAGGCUUUGGCUCUUCCAAAAUAUAUAUAGCUUUAAUAGAGCAUUUAGACAGGAACAUUCAUUGUCACUUUCACAUUCAAAUUAGGCAAGAAGAAACCAAUCCUUACGUUUGGUUGGCAUACAUCGUACCUCUUUUUAUCACUAAACAUAAAACUAUGAUUUGAAGAGUGUUUUAUGUAAAAGGUUUGGAAAAAUGAAAACGGAUCAGAUGAACUAAUUCUCCCGCAUACACUUAAGGAAAAAUCCACUUCCAAAGCCCAUUUGUCAUGUUACUAGAGUGACUUUGGAACUCACUUGAUCAUAAGAACUACCCGGGUUCGUACAGAUUCCUACUUUUGCCUCAAGAGAUCAAGACUCAGAAGGACUGGAUUAGACCCUGGAGAUUCAUAUGCUUAAUAAGCACCUCAGUGAUUCUUACCAUUAGGCGAAUUAGGAAAACACUGCACUGGGCCAAAGAGUUGCCUUUAUCUACAGUUAGAAGAAUUUCUUUAAAUAACGAAGUUAUCACUCUAGUUCAAAAUGCUUUCAAUAAUUUUCCAGGGAAUACAAGCCAUCUGGUUGGUGUUACAGCAGUGUUUUCAGUAUAGUGUACAUUUAACAGUGUAGUUUUAUCAAAUUUUUAAAAUUAAGACUUAUAACCAUAUCAGCAUAUAUGUAUACACAUGUGCAUGCCAAUGUUAAAACAGAUUGUGUAAAAGUUCAAACCUGCUUUAAAAAGUCAACAUUUUAUGCUGCAGUGUGCUAUUAUUAAUCAAGAGUUUAAUUACUGAAAUAAAAACACUGGAUCUUCCAACCCCCACUGCUAA